AUGGAUUUAUAUUUCAGCAGAAGCAUAUUCAACUACAGUUUGAUUACUAUGGAUGUUAACCCUGACUCCCCAUACUACAUCAACUUGCUUGAUAGCAAGUCUAAUCCUGAAGAUCACAGAGAAUAUGUGAUGUUUCAUGGCUGCUCAAAAGAGGGCGCUGAGUUGAUUAAGAUGGAAGGCUUCAAACCAUCAAGUGCAGAUAGAAUGCUUGGUGUAGGUGUUUAUGUUAGUCGGGACAUCCGAAAAGCCUGCAAAUACCCUCCUGGUGUUCCUGACUCUGAGAGAAGAGUACUAAAAGUCAGAGUGGAUGUAGGGAAGGUUAAGGUCAUAGACAGGCAGAACCACCCCAUGCAGAAGACAUGGCACACUGUGCAUGGCUUUGACACUGCCUGGGUUCCUCCUAAUGUUGGCAUGGUACUGUGCAACCAGGAGGAGGACUGUGUCUACGACCCAAAGAGAAUCAAAGUCAUCGAGGUCAUGAAGGUUACUGAAGAUAACUUAUCUCAGUAUGAUCAUCUUCAGAGUGGAGUCUCCCCUGAGGACAGCCACGUCUACGUGAUGUAUCAUGGAACAUCAAAACAGAUUGCUGUGGAUAUACAGAGAAAUGGAUUCAAACCUUCCAAAGAUGGUAUGCUUGGUGCCGGUGUCUACCUCAGUCGAGACAUCCGAAAAGUCAUUAGAUACCCCCUCAACACCAAAUUGAUGACCAUUCCUGACUCUGAUAGGAUGGUUCUGAAAGUAAAGGUGGAUGUAGGCAGGGUUAUGGUGAUAAAAAGGCAGAGACACCCCAUGCAGAAGACCUGGCACACUGUGCAUGGCUUUGACACUGCCUGGGUUCCACCUAAUGUUGGCAUGGUGCCGAGCAACCAAGAGGAGGACUGUGUCUACGACCCAAAGAGAAUCAAAGUGUUGGCAAUGCUGAAAGUGCCCAACUUAAAGAGUGUAAACCCAUGGCUGAACAAUCCACUGCAAAACUGAUUGUGUUCUGCAUUCAGAGGGAGCAUCAACUCAUGGUCAUCAGAAGAGGAUGGUUAGAAUAUGACUGUCCCACAUUAUACAGCUCAUAGGAAGUAGAUGCUAUAUUUCACAAUGGGCCUACUGAUGAUUUGACAUGGCAAUCUAUAUGCAAUCAAUAAUAUGACCUUACCAUAUCAAAUAUUUAUGAAAUAUCAUCAAUCAUAUUUACUUUAUGUCAAAAAUACAUGUGUAUUAAUGAUCAUACGUUGUUUAAAAAAUAUAUAUAUUCCUAUAAUAAAUCUAUCACAGUUACUUUAGUUUAUUUGGUAAAUAUUUUCUCAACUCUUUCUUGAACUGCACUGUUGGUUAAGGGCUUGUAAGUAAGCAUUUCACGGUAAGGUCUACACGCAGCGUGAUAUAAAUACAUUCUUCUCUUUAUUAGAAGACGAAACAAACACUAAUACAAACUAGACAAAACAAUAAACCGACGAAUGUGAACCUAUAAUAACCAAAAGAGCAGACACAGGCAACUUAGACAUAGACAUAGACAAUCACCCACAAACUACCUAAUGACUAUGGUUGCCUAAAUAUGGCUCCCAAUCAGAGACAACGAUAGACAGCUGUCUCUAAUUGAGAACCAAUCUAGGCAACCAUAGACAUACAUACACCUAGACUAAACACUGCCCCAUAAACAUACAAAAAACCCUAGACAAUACAAAACACAUACAUCCCUCUUGUCACACCCUGACCUAACUAAAAUGAUAAAGAAAGGCCAGGGCGUGAGAGUAGGCCCACUGAGUGGACAUUAUGAACCUUGUUUGAAGUCACUAGGUCACAUGACCAAGGAGCUAUUGCCAUUUUUUUAAAUGUAUGUAAAAACAUGUGGGAUGAAGAUGGACAAACUUAAGGGUGUGCAAUAUAGAAGGGUAGUCAGUGGACAUUCUGAACCUUGUUUGAGUCCAGUAGCUCAUAUGACCAAUGAGCUAUUGAAAUUCAAAAAUGUAAAUAAAUAAUUUCAAAUAGUGCGAGAUGUAAAUCGACAAAAAAAUGUGUGCAAUGUGUGUCUAUGCCAUAGGGUUAGCUAGAACCAGUUUCGAACGUUUUAGGAGUAAUGGUUAAAUAGCUAUUGAAAUGUGACAUUUUUGAUUUGUCACUAUGUUGACGGUCCCUAACUGCUGUUGGUGGCCGUAAGGAAAACUACAGGCAAAUAUCCAUUGAAUAUCCAACCUGAAACUGUCUUUACCUCGGUUGUUUAGUUCAACCUUAAAAAAUGUAUGUGCAUCUUGGCCUGCUUGCUUUCAUUUAGCUAUAUUUCCCAUUUCAGAGGUCAAUGGAAAGCACCGAAAGUGCAGGCACAUGUUUCCCAGGUAAUUCCCCACUCAUACGCACUAAAUGCUGCGGGGGAUUUGCUGCUACCUUCUGACAGGAACCAUCAAACCGAACCCCAGAGACUGGGCUUGGGUAUUCAAGAUUAGAUUAUAUACCUUUUGUCAUGAAUAUUCAUAUGUGAUCUGUUUCAUCUGACAUUAUGAAAUGGAUUGUUUUAAUCUAUAUUAAACAAUAAAUAUCCAUAGUCUGGAAUACCUCCCUA